AGAAGCAGCUGCUGCAGCAGCAGCAGCAGUAGUAGUCGUAGUAGUCGUAGUCGCCGCCGCCGCCGCUGUCGCUGUUUUAGCCCUGAUGCUAUUGAUUUGUAUAUUUACAUCGUUAAUGGAUAAGCUGUUUCACUGUUACUGUAGUUUAUAUUAUAGUCUGUGUCAUCAUGUCUGGUGGUCCAGCAGUGAGGGUCAGCAUCGAGUCUUCUUGUGAGAAGCAGGUGCAAGAAGUGGCCCUGGAUGGGACAGAGACAUAUGUCCCCCCUCUGACCAUGUCCCAAAACCUAGCAAAGUUGGCACAAAGAAUUGACUUCAGCCAGGGAUCUGAUUCUGAGGAAGAGGGAACUGAGGGUGAACCCAGGGAUCGAGAGUGGGGCAAGCAGGAGCAGGAAGAAGAAGAAGGGACGGUAAAGUUUCAGCCAUCUCUUUGGCCCUGGGACUCAGUGCGUAACAACUUGCGUAGUGCCCUGACAGAAAUGUGUGUACUUUAUGAUGUGCUCAGUGUGGUGAAAGAGAAGAAGUACAUGGCCUUAGACCCAGUGUCUCAAGAUCCAACAGCUGGCAAGUCCCCUCAGGUCUUUCAACUGAUCAGUAAAAAAAAAUCUUUGGCUACAGCAGCACAGGUCCUUCUGAAAGGAGCAGAAAAGCUCUCCAAGUCAGUAGCAGAGAACCUGGAGAACAGACGACAAAGAGACUUCAACUCAGAGCUCCUGCGACUUCGCUCACAGUGGAAACUACGCAAAGUGGGAGACAAGAUUUUAGGAGACCUCAGCUACCGUAGCGCAGGUUCCCUUUUUCCUCACCAUGGCACAUUUGAGGUGAUUAAGAAUACAGACAUUGACCUGGACAAAAAGAUCCCAGAGGACUACUGCCCCUUGGAUGUCCACAUCCCCAGUGAUUUAGAGGGAUCUGCUUAUAUCAAGGUAUCCAUUCAGAAGCAGUCUCCUGACAUUGGUGAUAUUGGAACUGUCAGCUUGUUCAGAAGACCCCCCAAAACAAAAGCCGGCACCCAGCCAUGGCACGCAAAGCUUGAAGCGGCCCAGAAUGUUUUGCUGUGCAAAGAAAUCUUCGCUCAGCUUUCUAGGGAAGCUGUUCAGAUUAAAUCCCAGAUCCCUCACAUUGUUGUGAAAAAUCAGAUCAUCUCGCAGCCUUUCCCAGGUUUGCAGUUGUCCAUUUCGCUGUGCCAUUCUACAGGUGAUAAGAAAAACCAACGGACAACCCCAGAAAAGGCCAGUCCCGAUGACCACCUUUAUGUACUGGAACAUAAUCUACAUCAAAUGAUGAGAGAGUUUCACAAGCAGCAGCUGAGCUCUGUGGUGAUGCCACAUCCUGCUAGUGCCCCCUUCGGACACAAACGCCUGCGUUUAGCAGGGCCACUGGCCUACAACAAGGCUGAGAUCUCCAACCUGCAGCAGAGUGAGGGGCUGCUGGAGAAGAUCAUCAAACAAGCCAAACACAUAUUCCUACGUAGCAGGACAGCGCGAACCAUAGACAGCCUGGCCAGCCGCAUUGAAGACCCUCAGAUCCAGGCACAUUGGUCAAACAUUAAUGACGUGUACGAGUCCAGUGUCAAAGUGCUCAUUACCUCUCAGGGCUAUGAGCAGAUCUGCAAGUCCAUCCAGCUGCAGCUGAACAUCGGCGUCGAACAAAUCCGAGUGGUGCACAGAGACGGUCGUGUCAUCACACUCUCACACCAGGAACAGGAGCUGCAGGACUUCCUCCUCUCACAGAUGUCUCAGCAUCAAGUGCAUGCAGUUCAGCAGCUGGCCAAAGUGAUGGGCUGGCACGUGCUGAGCUUCAGUAACCAUGUGGGGCUGGGGCCAGUGGAAAGCGUUGGGAACGCCUCCGCUGUUACUGUUGCCUCGGCCAACGGGGAGUACGCCAUCUCAGUGCGUAACGGCCCGGAGAGCGGCUGCAGAGUGUUGGUCCAGUUCUCCCGCAGCCAAACCAAAGAGCUGCCCAAGAGUGACGUGAUCCAGGACGGCAAGUGGAGCCACCUGAGAGGAGCCUACAAAGAGGUCAGCUGGAGCCGGAUGGAGGGAAGAAACUUUGUCUACAAGAUGGAGCUGCUCAUGGCGGCACUGACCCCUGGUCCUUAGCCACUCCACUAAAUACAGAAACGGAGUUCUGCAGACAAAUGUGCUUUUUUCUGGCCCGGUCCAUUUUGAUAAGGUGCUGUGUGACGUUUGUGUACCUCCAACCAAUUUAAUACAUAAUAAAAAAAAACUUUCAAUUGUCA